AUGCUAUGUUAUGUUUUUACAAUAUUAACACUGUGUCAAUUUAUUACUAUGGAUAUAACUACAGAAGAAGUUCAGUAUCUUAACGAAUUGUCUAUAGACAAGCUGUUACAAUUAAAGAAUUCGUUAAAGGAUUUUUCCACAGAAUACGAUAAUGUGACUGUCACACCGUCUGCAAAUAUUGAAAAUUUUGGCGCACAAGCGAUGGCUUUUAAAGCCCCACCUAUAAAAAGGAUGGAGUAUGAAGGCCUAUACAAAAAAGGCGGAUACGGCAAAAUCAGUAAUAUCUUCUCAAUAUCAGUAACAACGUUAGCUUUUCUGGCGUUUGGUGGCUAUUUAUUAUGUCUUAUUGUGCAAGCUGUGAAAUCAAAACAGAAUACAAUCGUUACAACUCCGACACCGACAUUGUUCGUUAACUCUGGUAUCAAGAGGCCUCAAUCCACUUUUAGUUCAUACGGACGACGGAGGAGAGAAAAAAGAGGCUUACACGAUAUAGAUGUUCCUCCUGAGGAGAUGUUCUCUGCGCUGUUGAGUCUUUGCGAGGGUUACGCUAAAUGGAGCAGAGGGCAUAAACUUUAA